GCUCAAAACCGUGUCUCUUUCCUUUGAGGGGCCUCCCUUACUUGCUUUCUCUAUGCCUGAGGUUCUGCCAGCUCCUCCCUUUGCUGGGGCUUCUUGAGCAGGGAGCAGAUGAUCCACUCAAACCCAGCAGGUGCCUGCCAACGAAGGCAGUACCCGUUGGGGGAACAUUUGCCUGACAGUCUUCAAAUGUACCCAUUACCACUAGGUUGGCAGGUUAUGCCUGAGUCUGUUUCUUGUCCUGCCCAAGGGGAGGGCUUUUUUUUUUUAUCCCCUCUUCCUCUCUUUUCUAACGCAUGCCCCUACCCCAUUCCCCUUUCAGGGAUCUAAGUGGGAGAAGAGCUGCUAAAACAGCUCCUUCUUUAUUAUAACAGUGGGGUUGGAGAAGCAGCAGGAGGGGAAAACCCCUCCUCUCAGUCCCCACCCCCACAGUGCCCAGCAGACACAUACCUUUCUGGCUUAAGUUCCUAGUCUUGGCAGUAUACCAGGCACAGCUGUUAAAGGAACUCCUCGUGCCUGUGAGGGGCCCUGGAUGACCCUGAUGACAAUAGCAUAGCUUGAGAAGAGCUCCCUGUGAGGGGCUGAGCAUCUCUGGAGGUCCCUGUCCUGGGUCAGUCCUGCCCUGUCCACCCUGCCCUGGAUAGGGGCACUGUUUUCGCUCCAAAAGCCUAAAAGAUCUUCUCCUUUGAAGCACCUAUGCCAGCUUUCAAUGGACCGAUUGGGGCUGGCUGCGCUAUUAAUAGCCCUGAGUAUUUUGAGAUCCCUUUCCCCAACUUAAAGAGCACAGAGAUUCUUAGAGAGGUGGCAGUAAGCGGAGCAGAGCCAGAGAGAUGAGAGAAUGCCCUGCCCUAGGAAGGGCGGGCGGUGCUUGGAGCUUGUGCCAGGCCAGCGACACGGCGGAGCCUCCAUGAGUAAGGAAUGACCAUGCUGAACCCUUGAUCAGCAAUUCUGAGCUGUCAAUCAGGUAGCAGAGGCAGCAGGCCGUGCCGGGGGGGCAUGUUGCUGUAACCAGUGACCCAGGGGAUGUUACGGUGGACAGUGCACCUGGAGGGCGGGCCCCGCAGGGUGAACCAUGCAGCCGUGGCUGUUGGGCACCGGGUAUACUCCUUCGGGGGUUACUGCUCUGGUGAAGACUAUGAAACGCUGCGGCAGAUUGAUGUGCACAUUUUCAAUGCAGUGUCCUUGCGUUGGACAAAGCUGCCCCCGGUGAGGCCUGCCGUCCGUGGGCAGGCUCCUGUGGUGCCCUACAUGCGGUAUGGACACUCAACCGUCCUCAUCGAUGACACGGUCUUCCUUUGGGGCGGGCGGAAUGACACCGAAGGAGCCUGCAAUGUGCUUUAUGCCUUUGACGUCAAUACUCACAAAUGGUCCACACCCCGAGUGUCAGGAACAGUUCCUGGGGCCCGAGAUGGACAUUCAGCUUGUGUCCUGGGCAAGACCAUGUACAUUUUCGGGGGCUACGAGCAGCUGGCAGAUUGCUUUUCCAAUGACAUCCACAAGCUGGAUACCAGUACCAUGAUGUGGACCCUUAUCUGUACAAAGGGCAACCCUGCACGCUGGAGGGACUUUCACUCAGCUACAAUGCUGGGCAGUCACAUGUAUGUCUUUGGGGGCCGUGCCGACCGCUUUGGGCCAUUCCAUUCCAACAAUGAGAUUUACUGCAACCGCAUCCGUGUCUUUGACACCAGGACUGAGGCCUGGCUGGACUGCCCACAAACUCCAGUGCUGCCCGAGGGCCGCCGGAGCCACUCAGCCUUUGGCUACAACGGGGAGCUGUAUAUCUUUGGUGGCUAUAAUGCGAGGCUGAACCGGCACUUCCAUGACCUCUGGAAGUUUAACCCUGUGUCCUUUACCUGGAAAAAGAUUGAACCGAAGGGGAAGGGGCCAUGUCCCCGCCGGCGCCAGUGCUGCUGCAUCGUUGGUGACAAGAUUGUUCUCUUUGGGGGUACCAGUCCAUCUCCUGAGGAAGGCCUGGGAGAUGAAUUUGACCUCAUAGAUCAUUCUGAUUUACACAUUUUGGACUUUAACACAUCUGACAUGUCAUUUGAAGAGCUGUUGGAACUGCAGAACCAAGUGGGGACUAAGACAUACAAACAGUUGGUAGCUGGAAACAGUACUAAGAAGCUAGGUUCCAGACCACCUGUCCAAAAUGUGUGUGUUGCAGAUAAGCACAGGCCUCUGGAAAUGUCAGCCAAGGUCCGGGUGCCAUUUUUGCGUCAAGUUGUUCCCAUCAGUAAGAAGGUGGCCCGGGACCCCCGCUUUGAUGAUCUGUCAGGGGAAUAUAAUCCUGAGGUGUUUGACAAAACGUAUCAAUUCCUGGAUGACAUCCGAGCCAAAGAGAAAGAGCUCGUGAAAAAGCAGCUGAAGAAGCACCGUUCGGGGCAGGAGCACGAGAAACUGCAGCAGCUGCUUCAGAGAAUGGAGCAGCAAGAAAUGGCCCAGCAGGAACGCAAGCGGCAGCAGGAGCUGCGCCUGGCCCUGAAGCAGGAGAGGCGGGCUCGGGCCCAGCAGGGCCAUCGGCCAUACUUCCUGAAGAAAUCUGAGCAGCGCCAGUUGGUCCUAGCUGAGAAGUUCAAAGAGCUGAAACGCAGUAAGAAGUUAGAGAGCUUCUUGAGUCGAAAGAGGCGCCGAAAUGCAGGCAAGGACCGGAGACAUCUCCCUUUGAGCAAAGAGUAAUAAGGAACUAUUCUCAGCUCUGCCCCUGCCCCAGUGAGAAAUGGAUCUAUGGGGACAACUUGGGCGUGGCCUCUUCUGGUUCUUUUCUAUGCAAGGGCAAGGAUCAUAGCUGCCCUUGAGCUAGAUUGGCUCAAAGAUGACUAAAGGGCUCUUGGACUGCCCCAGGGUGGGACAAGAAGAGCAGCCCAACCUUCUGUCAUGGCACAUUUUCUCUGCUUGGAUCUGGUUCAUUACGGCCUCAUGUCUUCCCAUCCUUGCUUUAAACCAGUGAUCGUGGUAUAGAAGAAAAAAGGCCAGUGAGUGAGUGAGUGAGCUUGAGGCUGGUGAAGGCUGUGAAGUGUGUCGACAGCUCCCAGUGCUGGGACUUUAUGUAAGAGCCAAAUCAUAAACAUUCCUGUUACUCUUCUUUUUAUUCUUUUUUUUGGUGGGGUUUUCGAGCAGCCUAGAUACGGUUUCACUGGGCCGCCUGUGGGGGCUGGCAGCAAACUUAAGGCUCCCCAUAAAGUGGGAAGUCAGACCAGAGACCCCUCCCACUUAACCCUCAAAGAAGACAGGAUCAUUGCAAGAGGAAACCACUCC